AUGAGCUCCAUCCGGUUGCUCGGUGACGCCCCCACUAUGUCCAGUUUCAAUAUGAUGCCGACCAGCUUACCCUUAUCUUUCUCUCCUAAGCGCAAACGAGAGCCUUCAGAAUCGGACUGCUAUAGCCCCUCAGCCUCACCCACAUCAACGAUCUCGAUCGCCAGUUUUCAAGAGAGUCCAAUUCGGGACGAAGACGAGCUAGAGCGCUACAGUCCACGCGCUGCAGUGGCAGGGCGAUUCGGAGAAUUAGCCAUCCGUGGCGAUCCUUUUUCGGACCCUGGUACAUUGAUUGGCGACUCACGGCAAGGAUCUGCUGCUCUACCGGCACAGAAAACAUGCGAAUCUGACUAUCAGAAGAAUAUGCCCGAAGCUCUACCGUCUAGCAAUGAGCCCGACCGCCAAGGGCUGCGGUUCGAACCGCCCGCAACACAGGAUCCGUCGACUUCUCUGCCCACUUCCCCCGCAAAGAAGAACGGGAAAACCCCUCGAAAGCACUUGAAUCCGUCAUCGCCCUCCAAGCGCAAGCAACGAUUAUCUCCUCCUCUUGCACAAACACCGUCUGAAGAAGACCCGCUUGUAUGGCAUGAUUCGGAGAUAACGGGCCACAACCCAUCCGAUCCAACUGAUGAUGGAUAUGGGAUCAACGGCAUAGGCUUCAAACCAACAGCCUCAAUCGCCUGGGAAAGGUCACAAAAGCGACAAAAGCAAGUCACCGAAUGGAAGAAUCGCGAAGCUCGAGAGGCUCGGGAAAGACGACGCGAAAGGAGGGAUGGCGCGGAGAUGGACAAAUUGCGCGGUAUACAUGAAGGUGCAAUUCAGAAGCGAGUGAAAUUUGAUUUCUAG